AGCGUUUGGUGCUCGCAGCGGAAAAACGCGAACCAAGCAGCCGGAGAACCCAGAAAAAAGAGUAGUAAGCAAAGAAAAGCUGGGAAAAACUUUGAAAACGGGCGCGCGAACAAGUGAGCAGCGGCAGCGGCAGCGGCAGCAGAAUCAGAGUCAGCAGCCGAAGUGAAGUCCAGUCGAGCGUAAACCAAAGUGCAAAUGAAAAAGUGAAAACAAAUUGUGAAUCAAUCAGUUAAGAUAAACAAUGAAGGAUAGCUGGACUCGGCGGGAAUUUCGAUAGAAGCCGAAUCGCGAAGGAUAAACUUUUGGCCCGCUAUGCCCAGGAAUCGUGCGGUUGCGAGGAGCGCGGCUGUAGACACAGAUAUAGAUUCAGAUUCGGACUCGGAUAGGAAUACAAAUUUAUUUGGCGCUCGAGUUGAACAUGUGCCAGAGCUGCGGGCUGCUUGGAGCUGACUCUGGUAAAACCGCGACGAGGGCGACGAUGCUACUUGAUUUCGGCCAACCCAAAUAAACAGGCGAGGCGAGAGCAGACCACCCACCCACUCAAUCACAGACACAGCCGCAGAAAAGCAAACAAAUAAGCCAGGCAAAGCAGCUCGCUCCCAGCAGAAUGGCCGCGCCCAUCGACGAGAGCGUGCUGAAUGCACUGAGGGGCGUGACCUCCGCCCACACCCGCCUGCCCAAGCCGCUGCUCAUCAAGAUCUACGUGGCCAGCCUGAAGCGGGAGUUCAACCAGGAGCGCCGCAUGCUCCUCGAGCUGGUGGGCCCCGAGCUGCAGUCCCUCUACGACGACCGGCAAAUUGAGCUCGAAUUCGUGGACAUGCAUUUUGGCACUGGCGACCCGGAGGUCAACCAGUUGGACCGGGAUCCCUACCUGAUCCACGACUAUCUGCACGAGAUCGACACCUGCCACGCCCACACGAAGAGCGUAUUCUUCAUGGUGCUCGUGGGCGAUGGCAUCGGCCGUACUCUUCUGCCCACGGAAAUGGAUGAGGACAUCUUUUCCGCCAUUCUGACCGAUGAGCAGACCACGGCUGACCAUGAGGCACUGCUGGUCAAGUGGUACGAAAAGGAUGCAUCUCUGCCGAAGCGACAGCUCAAGCAGGAUUAUCGACUGAUGGCCGCGGAUGCCUGGCUGGCCGAGUCCCAGCAAAUGCAGAGAUUUUUCGAGCAAGCCUUUCAAUCGCUGGUCCAAGGAGCCAGUGCAUCAGGAAGAGCCGCGGACUUCGUGGAGCGGGUGCAGCAGCACCGACGCACGCAGAUCGAAAGGGAGGUCACGCAGGCCAUGUCUCUUUCCAGCGAGAAAAUCCUCGCAGUUUUCCGAGAACGAGCCGCCCAGUGCACCAAGCGGGAUGUAGAAGCAGGCGAGCGGUUGCGGAAAAUUAAGGACGAACUCACCAUGAACCUGUCCACGGAUAAUCACACCACUCUUGUAGUACCUGGCAGUGCCGCCAGCGAGGCCAUCGACCCGGACAACGAGGACCACGAGUCCUACUUGAGCAAGUUCAAGAACAAAGUCACCGACAAGCUGCGCCUGCUAAUCGAGGCGCACAUAACCAAUGAUCCCGACGUAAUCAAGGGGAGGAAAAAGACUGUGCAGGAAAUCUUUCACGAGCACGCGACGCACCUGCGCAUCCUGCGGGAGCACACGGACAGUGCCGCUCUGGAGGAGUCGCGUGUGCCGCAGCAGCUCCGCCAGAACCUGAUGGCCAACUUCCGGAAUGGCAGUCGGCAUGCGCCGUACUUUCUCUGCGGCGCGGAUGGGAGCGGCAAGAGCGCCAUCCUGUGCCACCUGUAUGGCCAGGUGGGCACCUGGUUCGGAUCCACCCGCGUUCACCGGGUGAUCCGCUUCGCCAAGGCCACGCCCCGCUCCGCCUAUAAUUUGGAGCUACUGCGAGUGAUCUGCCAGCAGAUCUCCAUCAUCUUCAACAUCCCGGAGGGCUAUCUACCCAAGGACGCCUCCUUCGAUCCGCUGUACAUCAACACGUGGUUCCAGAACCUGCUCCGCAAGGUCGAGGACAUGGCCAACGAUGUCCUGUUCCUGUUUAUCGACGAUCUGCAUCUGCUGAAUCCCCUGGACUGCGAUAUUGUGACGGCUCUUUCGUGGCUGCCCACCUCGUUGCCCUGGAACGUGCAGAUCAUCUGCAGCUCCACCACGCCCGUGGAGCAGCUCAAGUUCACCCCCAUGCAGCGGGAUCGCUUCAAGUCCGGCGAGUAUCAGUUCGAUCUGAACCUGGGUGACCACGCCACCCGCCUCAAGAUCCCUCCGCAAUGCAUUCCGGGAGAUGUGAGCUUCUCCCUGUAUGUGGAGCAGCAGUUUGACCGGCUGGAACGGCACUACGGACGGCAGGCGGUGGGCGAUCUGGCCUCCUACGUCACGUGCUCCGAGUACGGACUGAGUGAGACGGAGCUGCUGGAGCUGCUUAUGCCCACCGACGAUCCGGAGUCGCUCAUCGAGACCAAGAGCGGACACUUCAGCUUUGCCACCUUCAAGAAGAUCCACCGCGAGAUGGACCUUCUACUGCUCCUGCACGACAAGAUUAUGUCCGGCAAGGUGCUGAUCCAGUGGCGGCACAACUACUGCUCCGCGGUGGCCAAGAGGCGCUAUAUGGACGUCCAGAGGACGCGCAGCCUGCACUGCGAGCUGGCCAACUUGUUCUUUCCCCAGGACGAGGACGAGAGCACGCUGGAGAACGAGUCCAAUCGCAGCGAGACCAAGUCGGUGAUCAGCAUGAAGGAGAAGGACUCCCUGUCGGCGGUGUCGGCCGUUUCCACCGGCCGGAAGUCCUCGUCCACCCACCACAACGACGACACCUCCACCUUCUACAACCCCAUUGCGGCGGACGUGAGCUACAGCAUGCGCCACGUGGAGGAGAGCUGGCACCACCUGAUGCGAUCCGACGACACCACCCGGUUCAAGCAGAUCGCCGUCUGCAACUUCGACUUCCUGCUGGCGGCGGUGCAAACCGUGUCCAUCAGCUACCUGCGCUGCCUGAUCGAGCACGUGCGCUGCUACAUCCUGGACAGGGACAUCGAGCUGAUCUACUACACGAUCCGGAAGUCGAGCGACGUCCUCACCCGCGACCCCAUGCAGCUGGGCUCCCAGCUGAUAUCCUGGCUGCGCCCGAUCAGCGAGCACGACGACGACGACAACUCGCUGCUGAGCAUGACGGUCCGCUCGGCGACCGCCUGGUGCGACGGCUAUGCCGUGCCGCUCCUCGUGCCGCUCACCGGCUGGCUGCCCGCCCCGCUGCCCUCGCAGAUCCGAACGAUGACGGUGUCCGGAACGGGCUGCAUCCGCUCUGUGUGGUUGGCCCCGUCGAAGCAGCACCUCAUCCUGGCCACCAAUUCCGGCGACGUCCAGCAGUGGCACAUCAUGAGCAACUCGCUGGAGCACAUCUUCAAGGGUCACACUGCGGCAGUCACGUGCCUCCUGGUGGCCCCCCAGACGGAGUCGGAGUUGCUGCUGACCGGCUCCGAGGACGCCACUGUUUUUGUGUGGCACGUAGGGCUCCGCGAGCGGCGGGCGCACAUUAACAACGCCCACUCGGCUCCCAUUACGGGCGUGGCAGCUGGCGCCAAUAACACGCUCAUCAUAAGCAGCAGCGAGGAUGCAACCAUCGCCAUCACGGACCUGGCCAGCGGCAAACUGAGACAUCGCAUCACCCACCACCGCGGGCCGGUGACUGGGAUCCUGGUGGCCGGAGCCUGCGAUGUCCUGAUCUCGGGCAGCCAAGACAGGACCAUCUGCGUAUGGGACCUGGAGAACUUCUCCCUGCUGAACAUCAUGCAUAUGACGAGCCCCGUGCUGCGCAUCGAUAUAUCCUGGAAUUCGGUCUUUCUGUUGGCCUUGUGUGAGGACAAUGCGCUUUACGUUCGCACUCUGGCCACUGGCAAGGAGCUGCACACUCUCAAGGGACACAAGUCGAAGAUCCGUACAAUCUGCAUCGGCAAGGACAGCCAGCGGUGCGUGGUCGGUUGCGAUGAUACGCGGGCCCUGAUCUACGACAUGCACGCCGGGAAACUGGUGAGAUCCCUGCCUCCGAAUCCCGGGCCGGUGACCGCCGUGCACGCGAUGGACAACGACGACUUCCUGGUCACCGUGGGCGGCAACAAGAUCACCUUCUACUCGUUCCGCAACGAGGAGCUCUACGUGAAUCCCUACUCGCGUCAUCCGCGCCGCAAGCGCAGCCUGAAGCGCCAUGCGCAGGCGCAGCGGUCGCCGUCGACCACAUUGCCGCCGAUCACCUGCUUCGAUCUGUCCCGCGACUCCCAGCAAAUGGCCAUCGCCUCCGGCCGGAGCGUCCACCUGAUGCGUAUCAAUACGCCCGAGUUCCAGUGCACCUUGGAGGGCCAUUCCGCCGGGGUCUCGUGCCUGAAGUUCGCCCCGAAUGGCGAGUUCCUGGCCACCGGCUCCGAGGAUAGAUUGGUGCUCAUCUGGAACCUCGCUUUGAGUGAGAUAAGCCACACCUUUAAGGGCCACACUGCACCGGUGGUCAAGGUGGUGGUGCUGAUGGACUCGCUGCGGGUGAUCUCCACGGAUCGGGAUUCCAUGCUGCUCGUCUGGAUGGCCCACUCGGGCAACCUGCUGCAGACCAUCCAGGGUCCCUACAAAAGUCUGGCCGUUACCAACAACAUGCGCUUCGCCGCCUCCACCAACGGGGACAACACCCUCAAGAUCUGGUCGCUCACGCAGGAGGACGAGAAGUACUCCGUUUCGCACUCGGACGAGAUCACCUGCUUCGAGAUCACCGCGGAUAGUGCCCACAUCAUCAGCGGAUCACGGGACAUGUCCCUGAAGGUGUGGCAGGCGACGGGCGGCAAGCUCAGCCAGGUGCUGGUGGGGCACAGCGAUGCGGUCACCUGCGUCGCCGUUUCGGUGAGCAACAAGACCCAGGUUUUGUCCGGCUCCAAGGACAUGAAUCUCAUCCUCUGGGACCUGCUCACCGGCGAGGAGGUUCACACGCUGGCAGGACACCUGGGCCCAGUGAUUGGCGUUAAAGUAUCGGCAGAUGGAUCUACGGCAGUUUCUGGAAGCGACGACAAGACCCUGAUCGUGUGGGAGACCAAGCGCGGAUUGGCUUUGACCUCGCUCCAAAUGCACGUGCCCUUCACCCACUUUGACAUCAGUCUGGAGGUCUCCCGCGUCCUGGUGCAGCUGGUGGACAGCUACAAUCUGCCCGUGAUCUGUCUGCACAACACCCCGGCGCAGUAUGUCAAGCUGCCCACGUAUUCCGGUCCCAGCAAGGAUGUAGAGGAUCUGCGACCCCAGGGCCCCAAGCGGCAGAUGAAGCGGCUGCUGAAGAAGGAGGUCUCCCUGGACACGUACACCUGGCAGAAGAAGUACGGCCACCUGACCUCCUCCGUGAUGAUGGCCCAGGUGGAUGAGCGCCUCAAGCGGCGCUUCAGCGUCUCGGCCAGCAUGGAGGAGAUCUCGAAGAUCGCCGAGACGAAGACCGGUGCCUCCCAGGCGAAUCUGGGACCGGAGCAGGCGGCUCUGGCCCAAUCGCAGCACUUUGACCAGCUGGAGGCCUUGUGGAACAAGCGAUCGCCGCCCAGAAGGCGUCACAAUGCGGGUCUCUCGAGGCAAACCUCGCUGGUGGAGGACCGUCUGGAGUCGUCGGACGACGACGAGUACCAGGACGAGCGCGCAGGUAUGUUGUCCGCCUCCUACGAUAACAUCCACCACCUUGCACGUUUGCCCGGCCUCCGAUCCCUGCACGAUGCAUGGAAGACCAACAGUCUGCGGGUCCGCACACCCCGACGAUCCAAGUUCUAUGUGAGCACACCGCCACCACAGAACUCGCAGAACAGCAGCAGCUUGCGGCUGGACACCCACACCCACAUCCACACUCACUCCCAUGACCGGACAGCCGGACAGUGUACGGCAGAUGGGGUGGCCCCUGACCUGGUCAGGGAUCUCCUGGUGGCGCCACCCGCCGCCCCGGAGUCCCCGCAGAGGAUCUCCCUGCGCCAGCUGCUCCAUUGGCCCAGCCUCAAGUCUCGAAUUUGGCGUCGCAGCCAGCGGAACUGCCAUUCCCUGCAGCCGAACACCCGGCUAAAUCCGCCCGAGCGACUCCGGCCCACGCCCAUCAUUGUGGUGGAGAACUACGACCUCCGCCGUGUGCAGCAGCUGCGCACGGAUCUCAUCCUGCAUCCGCAGACGAGCAGGGCCUCCGUGGGCCACAUCGAGGUGGCCGGCAGCGAGCAGCUGCUGGCCAAGAAGGCCAACUACUGGCAGCGCCACUGGCACCUUCUGCGCCACAAGGCCAGCCGAUCAGAGUCCAGUCACCCACGUACACUUCGGGAUACCAGCAACUCCCAUUCGAAUAACAGCACCCCCGAUCCCACGGCCAACUGCAAUGACUGCGUGGCCCAAUGACAGUCAGCGGUGACCCACCCAACCACCGACCGAAUCGAACCGCCACACCACCAAUCCGCACCACUUCCGUUCUCCAGCACCCUUUAGCCACUCUCUUUUCGUAGUUCUGGCCAUCCGUAGUAGUUGUUCGCUAUUAGUCAACUUUAACGUAUUUAUUUGAAUAAAUUUCCACAAGGUUUAUUUCGUUUUAUUUUGAUUGCUCGUUCAAUUACACCCAAUUAUCUAUGGUCAAAUUAUCCGGAAACAGUGACCAGGUGAGUACAGUGCGAAAAAACGGAAGACUGAAAAAAGUGGUUUACAAAUUCAUAUAGGUUCUAUCGAAAUGGUUUUCAUAAGUUCAAGGUAACCAGGAAUUUCAAUUAAAGUAGUUCACAGAGAAAAAUAUUGAAGCACAUUGUUCUUGAUUUAAGAAGAUUUGUUCUUAAAGCAGUGAAGGCACAUUGAGAAUUUACUCAACCACUUUUUAAUAAGGGUUCACUACUGACAAGAAAUUAAAAACGUUUUAGCUUAAAAAAUGUAGUGCUAUUUAAAAGCAUAACUUAAACACAGAUGAGAGCGUCAGAAAUCUCUGUUCUCAAGAUCAUAGCAUAGAUAAAUCUCUUCCCCUUCAAUAAGAAGUGUUAAAAAAUGGUAAAACAAAGCCAACAUUUUUGUAUCUGUCUGACCAUUACGCUGUAUUGUUAAUCCUCGCACCGAACUUGUAAAGAAGCCCGUAGAUUUAAAGUUUAAAUGGCGCCUGGGAUACAUGUGAAACCGCUGUAAUGAGAGUCCGUUGAUAAUUAUAAUUAGUUGCAACCCAGGUAAUGACAAGCCAACUCCGCGUGUUUUCGACUGUAAUGGCUUUCGAGCAAAUGGCUGCACCAUGAAUAUUAAGUGCCCAUCCGAGCCGUGGUCGUGCUCAUUUCGCACCGGCCAAUGGAAUGCAAAAAUUGCAAUCAAUAAAUUCGCAACGCGAUUAACUCGAUAAGCAAACAAGAGACCGGCGCAUCGCUGGCUGGGUAAUGAAUUGAGCGAAUUAAAAGCAAUCACUUUCAGUCGAGCGGAAUCGAAUCGCCCGGAACGGGGUCAGGGACUUGUGGGUGGUAUGCCCCUACCGUGUCCACUGAGGUAAGCAGCUCGUUCUCCAAGCUCUACGUUUUGUUCAUCCAACCCUUUCGGCAUGUUUUGCUAUCAGUCAAGUAAGCUGGAAGUACCCAUGUGGAGGAGUCGGAAGCCAAGACGGAACUUGAGCCUGUGUACCAUAGCCAUGGGUGUACUCUAAGAGUGUGCCACAUCCGCUUUCGUUCUCUAAGUAUAUGUGUUUCCACUUUCGACUCCUCUCGAUUUUAUAACGUUUUUCGCUCUCUCGAUGUGUAUAUACUGUAUACUUACGUAUCCUCCUGUAUAUUUAAGUACUCGUUUCGUUUCAAAGUUGUUGUCCAGUUUGGUCACAGUUCUGCCGCUAAACCAAAACGAAUAAUGCAAUAUGGAAUAUGAAAACGAAGUUCCCAUUUUCCAUUCCAACUAUCCGAACCACAACUCCGAAUGAACCACCACCACCACCACCACAACCAACAGCCACCGCCCACAGUUCGAAAACCAGUUCCCGCAGCUCACUGCUCCCCUAAACAACUGCAACCGGAACAGUAGCAGCGGCGGCGUGAAAACUAAAAACCAAAAUCUAAAUAAAUAUAAUAACCAAUCCAAAGAGGAAUUCUGGGCAGAAUAAGAGCCCUUAGCUAAGUUUCCCCCACUCGAUUGGCAUGUUAUCUCCAGUGUUUCCGAAUCCAAAUCGCAGCUAGUUCACCGUAUCGAGCACUUUGCAAGAACCCACCACAGACACAGGCACCCCAAAAUUGACUAACCCAAUCUGGCUAAUUUCGGUUACACCUUACUUUUCUAGAUGACUUCGACGAUUUCUUUCAGUGGGGCUAGGCAAUGUAGGCUAAGAUUGAUCACGUUGUUGUUACUAGGGCUUAGAGACACACUUACCUUUCGAGUAAUACGGGCAUACCUCAAACGCAAAUGCUGAAAACAGAAGAACUUUUGAGAAUUCUACACAGUUUAUAUAGAGUACUGGUAAAAUAGCAUAAAUAUAACCGAAGAACCACCACACAGCGCGGCUGGCCAGCUGGAUGAGAUCAAGUAAGUAUGCCAAGAGGCACCAAAAUAGCUACACACAUCCCUUAGCCGAACCACUAGAGUCAGUUCACAUAGAACCUAGAGCUUAACCAUCUUAUUUUGGCCACUUUGGCCGCAGCGAAAGCCCUUUGCUUUGAUGUCUCGUGCAAGUAACGUUUAUUUGAGAUGCAAGAUGCGUAGAUGCCAGCAAGUAAUUCGGUGUUGGGCAUGUCACUCUGGCCAAACCAAAUGCCAGCUACCACCAAGACAUUCUAAAGAACAUUCCCAAUUUGUUGUCGAUUUACGCAGAUCAUUUCGCUUCAGGAGGAGGAGGAUACCACAAGGGAUAAGUCCUGAGGCGGCAGCUAAGUGGAGCACUUAUCCGAAACGGCAAGCAAUAAGUGGGCACACGAGCCUGACACACAACCCAUCUCCCAUUUCUCUAGUAUAUCUAUUGCGUAGAUGUAAAACAAAAUAACUUAGUUGAAUCUGAUAAACCACCGUCUCAGACUUUGUAGGAACUCUAGCGUUAAGUGAGCCAACCUAGACAUUUUAUUGUUGUAGAGUGUUUUACGUACCUACCAACCCGAGCUAAAUGUUAAAUGCAGUAACCUAGUAUCUGUUCAAAUGAGAAAUGCAACAAAGGAUCUCUCUGAAGGGGUAAAAAGCGUAACUAUGCUUAAAAACACACGUGAAACACACAGAAGGACACGAAGCCACACACUCAGACAGGCACAAAGACACACUGAAACACGUUGAUGGAUAAUUAUAGGGUUAAGCAAGUGUAUAUAUUAAGCCCCCAUGUUCGCUGUAGCGUUAGUAUUACCCCGACCUCGGUUCGAAUCGCACUUUUUCGGGUCCUGGGCUUGCACUUCCCUCGGAUAUAUACUUCAAUAACUUUCUGACAAUCAGAGGUUCUAGCCUGGAACGAAAAACCACACGGAAGCAACCAAGAAAGCAACUCUACACUGAGAACGACAAACGAAUAUUUCUACACUGGAUAUUUCUAUGCAUGCCACAAGUGAAACUUUGUUAAACUAAGCAAUUAACGCCUAUGUAGCGUAGUGUAGUGUCCACCACUCUGUAGCUGAGCCACCAAGAGCAUCUCCCGAGGAACUGUGCAUCUGGAGCGCAGACGGCAACCGAUCGGAUAGCGAUACAUAUUGACUACUGAUACAUGUACACCUUGUCUAUGUCUAUUAAAUCGAAAUUAAACUCAACUUUACUGGAGAACAGCAAAA